UCAAGAUAGCUGUCUGUCUAUUGAUAGUAAUAGCAAUGUGUAUAUAUUUUUGUUUUUGUAAGAUGUCUUCUGAUACCCCCCGUGCUCCAUCCAUGCUAUUUAAUUCGUUUGCAAUGGAAAGUUGCUGCUACGAAUAUUAUUUUUCAGAUAUUCUUCAAUUGUAAAUAAUUUAAAUUCCUGUGCUCAGAAAAUGAGUGUAUUCGGAGACUUUCAGAAAGCUUGGGCUCAGCGUUUCCCUGGGUGUGAAUUACCCCAAGCUUGGGAGGAAGAUGUAAGAGCAAAUUUAACAAAACAUCGGCAAAAAGUUGCAGCUUUAAAUGAGGAAUUAGAAAAAGAAGAAUUUUAUGUAGCAUAUUUGGAACAGAUACUCGCAGAUGUGGAACGGGUCAAGCAGAAUCCUCGAUUUAAUAAUUCUGAUUCAGAAACAAAUUCUCAAUUAAUUGUUGAAUCAAGCGUAAAAGACCCUAACUUCAAAUCGGAUGAUACAAAAGUAUCAGAUACAAAUAGUGCUGAUUUAAAUUCUGAUUCUGACAUGCAACAAUCAAAAACAGAAAAGAUCUGCAAAACUCACUCUACUGAGGUAAGUGAUCAAAAUAGUUACAUUACCGUUAUAUCAGUUGGUGGAUCCAGUACCUUAAAUGGAAAAGAAAAAUCUCAGAAUAAGUCUGAAGAAAAUAAAUUGUGCAAUACUGGUAGCUGGAAGAGAGCAGAGAAUAAGGAAAAUAGCAAUACUGAAUCAGGUUCAAACUCUCCCCUGCAAAAGAAAAAGCCUCCAGCUCCUCCAAAGAAACCUAGAAAAUCUAUUCCAGUGCAAGCAGUGCCGCCAGUACAGAAAGCUGAUAUUGUAACUGCUGUAGAUACAAAAUUAAAUUCAGAGCCAGUAAACAGUCGGAGUCUUGGAAACAGUUGUGAAGAUGUAAAUAGUUCUCUAGUCAAUACAUCCGAUUCUGAUAUUAUUUCAAAUGGACCUUCACCAACUAGUACCAUUGCAUCUUCUAUAAUUUAUGAGCCAAAAGAAAUAAAUGAGUCAUUUAAUGCUCUUGUAGAUGAAAAUAAGAAUGAGGAUGACAGUUAUUUGGAUGAAAAUAUUUAUGAUACUGUUGCACCAGAUGAAGGGGAUAUAUCUAAUUUAUCUAUCAUAACAAAUGAAGAAAAUAAAAAUGAGCCUGAAGGAGAUUAUGUUGUGUUUUCUGAAGCCUUUGAUUCCCCUCGAGAAUGCCCUCCCCCAAUCUCGUCUCGUUCUAGAACAACUGAUUCUUUAUUAAGUUCACAAAGAAGUGUCGAAGAAAGCCCAGAAUAUGCAACCUAUAUGAAUAUUGACUACUUUUUACAAAAUCAGAAAAGAGCCACUGGUAAAAUUGAAAGAUCUUAUUCUGUUGGGGCAGAUUCUGAUGAUGAGCCAUUCAUGGUAUGCUCUAGUGAUCAUGAAAUAGAGCCAGAUCAUGUUGCAGACUAUGCUGAAAAGAAAAAUAGCAGUACAUCAGCUCCUACUGAUGAUGUCUUCGAUAUGGAUUCAGGUGUGUAUAGUAGUUCAGUAGAGUCAACUUCUUUUUUAACUGGCACAUCUACUCCUCCAUCAACCAAAAAGAAUGAAAGAAAAACUGCACCUAGUAAAAGUGAAUCUGAACGAGCAGCAAUGUUUAAAUGUAUUCUGGGUAGCAUUGCAGAAAGUGAGACUGUCUAUUUGGAAUGUUUAAAUAUGCUAAUUCAGUAUAUGAAAGCACUGAAAUCUACAAUUGGUACUUCACAACCUUUGUUAUCAUUGGAAGAUUAUAAUGUGAUUUUUUAUAGAAUACCAGAGUUGCAUAGUCUUCAUACUGCAUUUUUAAAAGGAUUAAAGAAACAGAUUGAAAACUGGGAUGGAACUCAUACCAUUGGAGAAGACUUUAAAAUUUUGGCUAGUAAGCUUGGAGUAUACGGGUCUUUUCUGCAAAAUUAUUCCAAAGCAAUAGAGACUGUACGAAAAUGUAGUGUUGACAAUUUGAAAUUUUCGGAAAUUACUAAGUCAAUUAAGUUGAAGGCAUUACAAGGGCAAGCAACUACAUUAGAAGAUUUAUUACAUAAACCUGUUGCAAGGGUCCAGAAGAAUGCUUUAGUUCUUCAUGAUUUGCUUCAAUAUACUCCAGAAAACCAUCCUGAUUAUAAAACCUUAAGAACUGCUUUGAAGAUGACUCAGUGCUUUUUAAAUGAUAUUAAUGUAUCUGCAACUGAAAGCAUGUUUCCUGUUACUGAUAGAGCACAAAGGCAUUUAGUAAAAAAUAGCUUCAUCGUAGAACUAUCUGAAGGCCAUCGUAAACUUAGACAUUUGUUCUUGUUUAGUGAUGUGAUUGUGUGUGCAAGAUACAAACCUUCUACUAGGCAGAAAUUCACUUUUGAGGUAAAAUGGUUUAUCCCAUUAUCUGAUGUUGUCAUUUUAGAAACAAGUGGUGAUGCUGAACCUGUAAAAGAAAACUCCCCUUUUGAUAUACUGUCCCUUAAAUCAAGAGCAAGUAAUAUAAGAGAUCAAAUUUUGAAAGAAGAAAGAGGAAAAGAGAAAAGAGUUGCGGGAAGAAAUAUAGAUAAGCAUAAGAAAAAGCUUGCUGAACUGGAGGCACAGCUUGUUCUUGCAUCUCCAAAUCUUCUUUUUCGAAUUUCUCAGAAGUGUGGUAAAAAUUACACUUUUUUCUUGUCAUCAGAAUUUGAGCGUGCUCAGUGGAUAGAAGCUAUUAGUAUAUUACAGUCUACUGCAACACCAUCUACAACUCCUAUUAAUCCAUAUGAACUGCAAGCAUGGGUUACUUCUUGUAGGAAGCAUUUAGGAACAAAUUUAGGAUCUUUCCUCCUCAGAUCAGGCAAAGAUGAGGAUUUGUUAGUUGGUGAUUUACAUAUUGUUGUUCAAAGUUUACAUGGUUUAACAAGGCCAUCAGAUGUGUAUUUAUGCUUUGAGGUGGAUUCUUAUGGUCAUUUUUUUAAUAAAAUCAAAACAAAAACUUGUUUUAAUUCUAUGGAGCCUGUUUUUAAUCAAGAUUUUGUGAUAGACUUGGAAGGUUCCCAGACUUUACGAAUUCUUUGCUAUGAAAACUCUCCUCAAGGUCCUAUUUUAAGAGGGAAAGGUGCUUUAGAACUAAGUCAGUCUUGGUUGACUGAUAGAAUUCAAGAAAAAUCAGUUAGCUUGCAAGAGCUGAUGUUGACAGUAGGCCUUAAAUAUAUACCUCCAGAAUUAUCUCUUAGACGAAUUCCAUCCUCAAAAUCAGGAGGAGUUUUUGGAGUGAAAAUUCAACAAGUGUGCAAGAAGGAAAAAUCUCCUGUACCUUUUAUUAUAAUGAGUUGUAUUAGAGAAGUAGAAAAACGUGGGAUCCACGAGAUUGGAAUAUAUAGAGUAUCUGGUUCUGCUUCUGAUGUUCAAAGACUUAAGAAAAGCUUUGAAACAAAUGUCUAUGAAGCAGAACAGCUCUUAAAAGAAGUUGACAUUCAUUCUGUGACUGGAAUGUUUAAAAUGUAUUUGAGAGAACUGCCUGAAGCACUUUUUACUGAUCUGUUGUACCAAAAAUUUUUCCAGGCAUUUAGCCUCAGUAAUCAUGAGGAGAAAAAUAAGCAGCUAUUGCAGUUAUUUGAGGAGCUUCCAGAACCAAAUAAAGGAAUUAUAAUCUAUUUAUUAGACCACUUGGUGAGAAUCCAUCAAAGUGAAGCAACAAAUAAGAUGUCUUUACACAAUUUGGCCACAGUUUUUGGGCCUACUCUUCUGAGGCCUGGCAGUCGAAGUUCUAGUUCUUCCCCCUCAGAUCUCCUGACUGCUGGAACUGUGGAUGUUAUGGCUCAAGCUGGCAUUUUCUAUUUCUUCCUUAAAAGACAUGCUGCUGAAUUAUCAUUGAAACUUGACCCUGAAGAUUAAAUUCUUAGACAUUUAUAACUAUAUAUUUCUUCUAAUUUUUAAGUAUUUAUUAUAUUUCCAGUUCUUUGUGUGAGAAAGUGUGUCUCAUUAUAGCUCCUUAAGUUUUGUGCUUCUAUGCUGUGAUAUUCUAAAAGCAUUUGACAUUUGAAAUAAUUACUGGUGCUUGAAAAAAAUUAAGAUGUUUCACUGAUUUAAGGCAGUCUAAACUUGUACUUUAGCUUAUAAUUGAGAAAUAAUAUAACACUUUAGUUGCAAAAUGUUUUAGAAUUUAUAGAUUAAUGCUUACGUACAAAAAUAUUUUUAUAGAUAUAUUAAUAACUAAAAGCAUGUGUUGGUUGUGAAAUUUCAUGGCUGAAUUACGUAGUUGGUUGUGCUUAUGACUGAUUUUUAUAUAAACUGAUGUAGUAAAUAUAUAUUUUUAGAUUCUGUGGAACAAAAAAAAGAAUUUUAUAAGCUAUUAGAAAUUUUUUAUCUAACCAGACAGGUGCUACUGAUAUUUUAACAAAUUUUGUAUUGAAAAAAAAAAAAAAUAUUUGCUUGACAAGCUAUACAAAUGCAUGCAUGUAAACAUGCCUUUAGGUAUGAACAUGGGAAAUUUAAAAAGUUGUAAAUUUGAUAUCUCAUCAUAAUUAAUUAGUAUUUUUUUUUCUAAAUACAUGGAGUUUUUCUUGUGUAAUUACCUAGCAUUUACUAUUUGUAUUGCUAUGACUAAAAUAUUAGCAUUUAUAUGUGCUUUUACAAUCAUGCAGUGUUCAGAUACUUAUUGUCAUAUAAAUUUUAUUUUUUAUUUAUGUUUGUGCAAUUAUUUUGAAUAAAAAAUAUUUAAUUGGUUGGCUUUUAUUAUGCCACUUUUUUCUUGUGUGUGUAAAGAGUAACUUGCCAUCUAAUUUUUUUAAAAAAAUUUUAUAAUGGAAUAUAUUAAUCACUAUGUGGUAAUAAGCAGUUAUGCACAUAACUAUUUAAUUGGAGUGCAUUUGAAUUUGCAUUGUUACUAACAAAUUGCUAGAUUAUUAUAAAAUAUUUGUGUUUCAUAAUAUGGAACAUAUGCUCAUAUUGUUGCAUUUAUGCCAGUGUGCCAUUAAAUGUAUGCUAAGGGAAAAUCAUUUUACCUUUCUACAAACAUUUAUAUUGUCUAUUCCUGCAUUUUUCAUAUAAUUUUUAUUUUUAUGUAUACACUUGUCUUUGAAAUGUUUAUUUGCAAUAAGCAUUCAUAUCAUUUUCUUAUCUUUCAUUAUCCAUAAGCACUUACAUGCAUCAUUUAAUGGCUCAACACCUAUUAAAUAUAGUAAUGUUGAUGUCUCUGACGGAUAUCAGUUCCAUUUUCUCUCGCAUAUGUGUUUUUAUGCAAUCAAUUUUUGCCCAGAUAUAGCCAAAAAAUAUUUCUUUUGUAUGUGUUUAAUUAGCUCAGGAAUGUUUUUGUCUAGGUCAAUAAUAGAUCUACAUACCCUAUGACAGCUGCUUCAAUUAUUAGUUAAUUUAUAUAUAAUAAGCAUAAAAAGUGUUAUUAGCAUAUUUGCUAUUUUUUAAAGUUUUGCUGAUGUAUGUUUAUCAAUACAAUUUUGAUGUCAUGUUGCAAUUUAAAGUAUGGAGAGAACAUCCUUUUUCGUAAUUUUUUAAUGUCUUCCUUAUGUUUAUAUAUUCAAGUUGAAAUUUUCCUGGAAUUAUACUUUAAAAUUUAAAGUUGAUAAAAAAAUUCCAAGUACUAUGCACAAAUAAUAUAUUUUCUAGAUUUAUUUGGAAAAAGAAAUGGAAGAAAUUAGAAUCAUUGAGUUCUUUUUUUUAGUUUAAUUUUUACCUGCUGUAUGUUAUAUACAUAUUGAGUAGAAUUAUGAAAAGUUGUUUUUAUACUUAGUUUUUUUUUAUAUACAAACUUGUAUAUUUUGAUUGUAUUAUUUAAUUUAUGUAACUACUAUAAUUAG